ACACGAGAGUAUGUUUUUUUUAGGGGCUUACACGAGAGCCUUCCUAGUUCGCUUCUGGCCCGGCCCAGCCCGUUCGUCUCCAGUUUCGUCUCGCCUCCGGCGGCCCCGACGGCGAGCCGGAGACGGCACCCAUCUCAAUCUCAACGGCCGCCACCUCGCGAGCCCACCCACCGCGCUUCCUCCCUCUACCUCCGGCGACCAAUGAAGCGGCGGCCUGCGGCGAGUGUCUUUGCAGGAUCAGAGGUUCAGUCUGUACCUAAGAAGGCCAAAAAAAUGAUACACUUUUCUAGAGAUGAACUGACGGGGUCAGCAUUUGUUGCAUUUGGCAUCAUAUUAUUUGUGGGUUUCUUCUAUGCCGCUGUUGUGUCCAAAAUGCUUCCACCUUACGAGAACCGGCUUCUGUCUGCCAUCCAAAAUGAUAGGUAUUACUGCCUACUUGUGCCCUUGACACUUCCUAUGAUAAUUGUGGCUGUCUAUCUGCAUUGGCUAAGCAUGAAGAUGUUCAAGCAUGCCUGAAGAACCAAAAAUUAGUUUUACGGAUGAAGCCUGCAAUCCUUGCUGAAAUGGUAGAUCACGGGAAUCAUGAAGACAAUUUUAACCGAUAAAUAUGAGAAGGCAUGUCUUGGGUCUUCUGCAUUCCACACAUUCUUUUGUAAAUAAUAUGAACUUUGAUUAGUUUUCAAGCAUAAAUUGAUGCCAACUUACCAAAUUGACCUCAGUGUCACUGCUAGGUAUCAAAAUGAUUACAUUUAUGUUUAGAAAACAUAUUUGUGUUUUUGAAAUGCUUACGAUGGAAACUAUGUUUUUACUUGUUAAAUGUUUAUAUGAUGGAAAAUGCAGUCAUAAUUCUUAUAAUUUUUUUCUUUGUUAACAUGAAAAAUACUUGCAGCUUGUUUGAAUAGAUAAUAUGUUGAUAGCUCGAUUUCUGUGUAUCUUGUGCAUAUGCUUAUGCCAUGUGUGGCCUAUUUCUUAGUGACAAUACAAACAUGUUAGCACAGUUUUGUGUAGUCAAACAAAACCACCGUUUCCUGUUAUGUACAAACUCUUCUCUUUUUUGAUUGGUGUGUUUGUUCGUUUUAUCCUCUGCUGAUAAUACUUGGUAGCAUUUACUUGCAUCUUGAAGUGGGAAAGCCAAUGAUACUGCAGUUUUAGUACUUUUUUUAUAU